AUGGCAGAAGAGGGAGAAGUGAUCAGUAUCCACAGCGUGGAGGAUUGGAGGAAACAUAUGGAGAAGGGAAAUACUUCCAAUAAACUGAUUGUUGUUGAUUUGACUGCUACUUGGUGUGGCCCAUGCCGUUUAAUUAGCCCAGUUUUUGAAGAGUAUGCUAAAGAGUUUCUAAAUGUGACCUUCCUUAAGGUUGACGUGGAUGAAUUGAAGACUGUUACUCAGGAGUGUGAAAUUAAAGCUAUGCCAACAUUCCUGUUCUUGAAAAAAGGGGAGCAAGUGGACAAACUUGUGGGUGGUAACAAGAAUAAACUUCAAUUGAAAAUAGCCAAGCAUGCUUAA